ACUUCGAUAAUUUUAAAUGUUAUUAAGUUAACGUAGUGUACUUUGUUGUUAUAACAGUGACCAUCAUCAUCACGCUUAUUCCAUUUAGUGCGCUAAUGUCUCGUGGCCCAUGUGUACAACUCGUAACAAGCAUACACCAGUUACUGUAUUAUCACCAGUUUUUGAGUACAUGAACAAGCUGCCAUGCUGCAAGCUAUCUCCAAGCACCCGGGCUUCAAGCUCGUCUGCGAGAAGUCCCACUUUGGCAACGAGAAGUCAAAGCAUGACCGGCAUCUCAAAGACCAUCACUUCGUCUACAAGGUGGAGGUAUUCAUACCAGAGUGCCAACUGCUACCCGAACCCAUAGCCGCCCUGUGCAAGGAGGUCAACCCUUACCUCCGGGUUCGGGGCGUCCCAGCGGCUGCCUUCCUGCGACCAGACUUCAUUCAGCAAUUCGUCUCCCAAGGGGCGAUUUAUGCAUUGUCUUACAACACUCGGAUAGACCAGGACAACACACUGGCCCUGCUGCCAACAGGAACGUUGAUACUGAGUGUGACCAAAGACACGUACGAGGAGCUUGGGCUGCAGGGUCAGCCGUCGCAGUACACCGGCCGGAAGCCCCUCCGAUAUGUGAUCAAGCUGCAGCUCACUGAACCCUCGAUGGCCCCAGGAAGGAAAUGCUACGAGCGAGCUGUGUGGGCCCUCUCCGAAAAGGUGCCCUUGCGCUUCGAUGUCCUCGUCAGCUGGCAGCCGCCUGAAGGGAAGUCGGCAAAGGCACCCGCAAAGUUCUUUGCCGAAUGGGACUGCAGGGAGGUGCGUGCGGACGUGACGGUGAGGCCGGUGGCCGCGCGGGCCUGCCCCGCGCUCGACAGCCUCAGCCUCCAGCCAGAAGACGGGGCGGCCUGUGGGGCCCAAGACUUCUUUGAUUGGCUGGGAGCUGUGUCAUGUGACGUAGACUGCUCCAGUGACAGCUCCGCGUCGAUGAGGUGCCCGGAGCCAAGCCUGCCCAUGGGCCCGAGCCUGCUCUGCUCCAUCACGGGUCUGAUUCGGCCCGACACCGCCAUCCGCCUCCUGUCCGCUCUCAGGCGUUACUUUGAGGAGCCAAAGCUGGCGUGCUGGGCGACGUUGACUGCGCACGGCUUCGCCGACUCGCCCGUGUCAUGGGCAAGCUUGGAGCACGGCUUCCACAAGGGCGGAGAGAACCUGCAGACCCUGCUCGCCUUCGCCAACGGAAACUACUGGCUGCUCCGCGCAGUCGGCACCAACGAUGGAUGCCCGUCCUGACGGGAACGCGGGCCCUGUGAACGAUGACAUCCGUCAGCUGGGCAGCAGCCACCGCCGAUGGCACGCGCGCCCUCCGGAGGCCGCACGGACUGAGUUAGGAAUGUAAAAUGUUUUGUAUGUAGCAAUAAAGCGUAAUUGUA